AUGAAGUGUGAUUGUAUGAACAUAUCAAUGUACACAUGUACCCUUAUCAGCGUGCAGGAGGACAUUAGGGGCGAUAUGUGGAGUUGUAGAUUUGCAUACGGCACUCAAAAUAUGUUGAAGUUUUCUUAUACAAAUACUCUGACUAUUGAUUUGGCAGUUGGAAUAACGUCAGCAAAUAUUACCUCUCCUAUCAUCAACCCCGUGUCCGUUAUAGAAAACACAACAAUAAUUUUCGAGUGUCAGACGUCCACUGGGCGCCCCGAAGCCACUAUCGCUUGGUACAAAAACAACACAACUCCUGCUACGCAAAUAACCUCACAUACAGAUACGUCAUCAACACAGCAGGGGGAUAUGUUCGUGACGCACGGGACCCUCAUCCUUAAUUUGCAAAGAUAUGACCAGGCAUUAGGCGUGUACUGUCGUGCAAGUAACGGGGGGCGGUGGUUCACUUCUGAGACAAAGGAGAUCAAUGUUCUAUAUGGCCCGAAAAUGAGGAUCUUACAAGAUAUCAGCGUAGUUCAAGGGGGAAAGUUUGAAUAUCCAUGUUUGUAUGAGCCGGGAAAUCCCCCCGCGGUGUCCUUCGAAUGGACAAGAUCCGAAUCAGUCGCAUCCUGGAUUAAACAGGAAAAACAGAACUUGACUAUUUCAACCGUGCAGCGCAGUGACGAGGCCAAUUACACGUGCAAUGUGUCCAGCAUUCUCCGAGCAACGUUGGGAAAAGAGACUUUGAAAUACGACACUGCAACUUUUCAUUUAAACGUAAUCUAUGGAGCAGAGAAUCUAAAAUUGCGAAUCAACAACGUUUCGAACGCAUCAGUAGAAAUUGAGGAAAAUACAACAAACCAUAUUCAAUGUUCGCUAGAAAGUGAUCCAGCCUCAAAUAUUACCAUUCUUAAGGACGGUAAGACAAUGAUAGAAAGUCAUGGAGUACAUCAACUGACACAUGAAAUAAAGCCUGAAUGUUCUGACACCGGAGUCUAUACUUGCUCAGGAUACAACGAGUAUGGGGCAGCAGAAAACGCCUCGAUCUAUUUGUUUGUCAAAUGUAAGUUGUAG